AUUUCUGAUUUCCCCACUCUUCCCAAUCAAAAAACAAAACAAAACAACAAACCCCUCCUCAAUUCGUCCCCCUUUUUCUUCCCACUAGAUGCAGAGCAUCUUCUCCAAUGGCUUUUCUAUCUAUCGUCACGCCUACAGCCAAAUUCAUCUCCAUUUUCAUUCUAUUCUUCCAUUUCACCUUAUUAUCCUCAUGUUACAUGUUAGUUAACCAUCUCCACAACCAUGACCAUAGCUCUUAUCACCGACGCCCAAUCCUCCAAGCCAAUCAAUCCCAAUGUGCCCUCUUCAUGGGUUCAUGGGUCCACGACGAUUCAUACCCGAUCUACCAGUCCUCUUCUUGCCCUGUUAUCGAACCGGAUUUCAAUUGCCAAAUGUACGGCCGACCCGACUCCGAUUACCUCAAGUACCGCUGGAAACCCGUCAACUGUGAGCUCCCCAGGUUCAACGGGCUCGUGUUUCUGGAGAAGAUGAAAGGGAAAACAGUGAUGUUCGUGGGGGACUCGCUUGGGAGGAACCAAUGGGAGUCGUUGAUUUGUCUGACGUGGUCAUCGGUGCCACGUGUCGCCACUCAGAUGAUCAGAGGAUAUCCGCUCUCUACAUUUAAGUUUUUGGAUUACGAUGUAACGAUGUCGUAUUACAAAGCGCCGUAUCUGGUGGACAUAGAAGCGGUGGGAGGACGGAGGGUUCUUAAACUGCAGGACAUAUCGGCAAACGCCCAGGCGUGGAGAAACGUCGACGUUCUGUCUUUCAACACCGGUCACUGGUGGAGCCAUACCGGUUCCACCCAAGGGUGGGACAUGAUGGAAUCCGGUGGAUCGCUGUAUCAAGAUAUGGAUCGAAUGGUUGCAAUGGAAACUGCCGUAAGGACCUGGGCUCGAUGGGUCGAUUCUAAUAUCGACACUACCAAAACCAGAAUCUUUUUCCAGUCUUUCUCGCCUACACACUACGACCCAUCGGAAUGGAGCGGCGGCGCCGCCACCACCACCAAGAACUGCUACGGUGAGACAGCUCCGGUGAGCGCCUCAGCCUUCUCCGGAGUCUACCCAAACGAGAAGAAGGUGGUGGAUGCCGUCCUCCGGGAAAUGCAGAGUCCGGUUUACGUUCUCGAUAUCACGACUCUUUCGGCUAUGAGGAAAGAUGCUCACCCCUCGAUCUACAGCGGCGAUACGAGCACCGGUCAAAAGGCGAACCCUAACCACACCCCCGAUUGUACACAUUGGUGCCUUCCUGGCUUGCCCGAUACCUGGAACCAAUUGUUUUAUACGGCAUUGUUCUUUUAGGUCGGAGCCAUUUCUCAAGCAGGUUUCGGUUUGCGUUCAGAUGCAAAGUGACCAGGCUUACCACAGUUAUAGCAAACCGUUUUUGGUUUGCUGGAGUUAAAUGCGGGUGUCUCGGUUGAUUUGUAUCGGACAAACGGAACAAAUACGCAACAAAAUUUGAUAUCUUGAGAUAGGUAAUUUAUUAGGGUAUUGGAUAACCAAAUGUACCAUUUUGACAAUCGAGUUUCAUAAUACACGAUCGAUCGACAAAAAGUUGACACUUUA